AGGAAAAACAACAUGGCGACGACGACUUCCCGCCUCGUCACCUCCACCUACCUCCCAUCUCUUCUUUCUCACCGCACGACUUGUAAUUAAGUUAUAUAGAUGAUGACACAUCGCGCUAGCUCUGCAUCCAUCCGUUAAGAUAUCGUCUCCGAUCGAUCGAGCAGCCAUUAAUUUUCUUCUCCUUGGACGGCCGGCCGGACGAUCGAGCAGCUACCAAGGAAAGGAAAGGAAAGGAAAGGAAAGGAUGAGGGGUGCGGCGCUGGUGGCGCUGGCGGCGGCGCUGGGCAACAUGCUGCAGGGGUGGGACAACGCCACCAUCGCCGGAUCGCUGCUCUACAUCAAGCGCGACUUCGGCCUGGACGCCCAGCCCGCGCUCCAGGGCCUCGUCGUCGCCACCUCCCUCAUCGGCGCCACCCUCAUCACCACCUUCUCCGGCCCGCUUUCCGACCACGUCGGCCGCCGCCCCAUGCUCGUCGCCUCCUCCCUCCUCUACGCGCUCGCGGGGCUCCUCAUGCUCUGGUCCCCCACCGUCGGCGUGCUCCUCCUCGCCCGCCUCGUCGACGGAUUCGCCGUCGGCCUCGCCGUCACCCUCGUCCCCGUCUACAUCUCCGAGACCGCGCCGCCCGAGGUCAGGGGGCUGCUCAGCACGCUCCCGCAGCUCACGGGCUCCACCGGCAUGUUUCUCUCCUACUGCAUGGUGUUCGCCAUGACGCUCGCGCCCAGCCCCAACUGGCGGCUCAUGAUGGGGGUGCUCGUCUUGCCGUCGCUCCUCUACGUCGCCGUCGCCGUGUUUUUCCUCCCGGAGUCGCCGCGCUGGCUGGUGAGCAAGGGCAGGAUGAAGGAGGCCCGGACCGUGCUGCGGAUGCUCAGGGGCCGGGAGGACGUUGACGGCGAGAUGGCGCUCCUCGCCGAGGGCCUCGGCACCGGCGGGGAAACCGCCAUCGAGGAGUACAUCGUCGGCCCGGCGCCCCAAGACGACGACGUUGACCAAGCUGAUGCCACCUUCAGGCUGUACGGGCCAGAGCGCGGGAUGUCGUGGGUGGCGCAGCCGGUGCCGCUGGGCGGGCAAGGCAGCAUGCUCUCCAGCAUGGGCAUGUCGCGGCAGGGCAGCUUGCUCGGCAGCAUCGCCGGGCUGUCGCGGAUGGGCAGCAUGCUCGACCACCUCCAGGACCCCGUCGUCGCGCUCCUCGGCGGCCUCCACGACAUGAAGCCAGCGGCCGACAGCAACGGCAAUACCCUCUUCACCAACUUCGGGAGCAUGCUCAGCGCCCACGGAGGCAUGGACUGGGACGAGGAGAACGCCGCGCCCAGCGAUGAUGACGACAAGAUUGCUGCUGGUGCCAGCGAACACGACGACGUUGAUGACGAUGGCAUCCGCGCGCCGCUGCUGGACAUGCGGGGGCAGAGCAGCAUGACCGGUAGCGGGAUCGGCAUGGGACAGACAACAAGCACCAUGGGCAUCGGCGGCGGGUGGCAGCUCGCAUGGAAGUGGACGGAGGGUGUCGCGCCGGACGGCACGCGGCAGAACGCCGUCCAGAGGAUGUACCUGCAUGAGGAGCCCAGCGCCGGCGACGGCCAGCACGUGCACGCGGCGGCGCUGGUCAACCAGUCGGCGCUCUACACCGCCACCAACGACCACCUGCAGCAGCAGCAGGACGAUCCGAUCACCCCGAUGGGCCCAGCGAUGGUGCACCCGGCGUCGUCUCCGGCGGCAGAGAAGCCGCGGUGGCGGGAGCUGCUGGAGCCGGGCGUCCGGCACGCUCUGGUGUGCGGUGUGACAAUCCAGAUCCUGCAACAGUUCUCCGGCAUCAGCGGCAUCCUCUACUACACGCCGCAGAUCCUUGACCAGGCCGGCGUCAGCGUCCUCCUCGCCAGCCUUGGCCUGAGCGCCGACUCAGCCGCCAUCCUCAUCUCCGGCCUGACCACGCUCCUCAUGCUCCCGGCCAUUGCCGUGGCCAUGCGGCUCAUGGACGUGGCCGGCCGCCGGAGCCUCCUCCUCUGGACGAUCCCGGUGCUGAUCGUGUCCCUAGUGUCCCUGGUGACGGCGGACGUGCUCCCCUUGGCGGCCACCGUGCACGCGGCCGUGUCGACGACGAGCGUCAUCGUCUACAUCUGCACGUUCGUGAUGGGGUUCGGGCCCAUCCCCGGCAUCUUGUGCUCGGAGAUCUUCCCGACGAGGGUGCGCGGGAUGUGCAUCGCCAUUUGCUCCCUGGCCUUCUGGCUCAGCGACAUCGCCGUCACCUACAGCAUGCCGGUCAUGCUCGACUCCCUGGGGCUCGCCGGGGUCUUCUCCAUCUACGCCGCCGUCUGCUGCGUCGCUCUCGCCUUCGUCGCGCUUCGGGUGCCCGAGACCAAGGGUUUGCCGCUCGAGGUCAUCGCCGAGUUCUUCAACGUCGGUGCCAAGGGCAUGCCAAAGCUCGACCACGAAGAAUGAAUCUCGUCACGCGGUUAAUUAUUUGCGGAAGGAGUAACAUUUUGUUUGAUUUUGUCUUGUUUGUGUGACAAAUGUUUUUUUUUGUGUGUGUGUGUUAUAUAAUUUUGGAUAAACAAUAUACCACGGACAAUAUGAGCAAAACAAAGACAUAGAUAGAUGCGAUGCUACACUAAAAUUAAUGUCACAAAACUUCGAUUCCAACAUUGGACGUC